AUGUAUUCAUUUGAAGGUAACUAUAGGUUGAAGCGAACUGUUAAUCUUGGAGGAAAACAAAAAGAAAGUAAAGAGCUUUUAUUGAGGAAAGUUGCAAAUGAUAGAAAAAAAAGAGAUAAUGAGCGCCGUAGACAUAAUGCUGCUAUCUUAUUACAGAAAAUUAUACGUUCCAGAAUAGUUAUGAAACAUGUUAAGGAUACGUUUCGCCUUGAUUUUGAUCAUGAUAUUUUAAAAUAUAAGUCUACCUUGAAUUUUUCAGAAGAUCUUUUUUUAAAAAAUAUCAAAAGAUUGAUAUUUUUUUAUCAAUUAAAAAACGAUUUUUACAGAUUGUAUGAAAUUGUAGAUAUUAUUUCAAGAUAUAUUGAUUUUGGAGAUAUGUCUUUUUUUCAUGUUUUUCCUAGUAUUUCUUCUUGGGUUACAUGUCGUUUUGGUGGUAUUUUGAUAGAAACUUUAAAUUUUACUAGUGAUAUUAUGUUUCAUAAAAAAAUUUUUGGGCUUUUACCUGAUCUUGCUUGUUCGAAUGUUUUUUUAAUUAGUUCUGGUUAUUAUAAAGAGCUUUGUCUUUAUAUCUGUAAAAAUGAAACAUCUUUCACUCCUUCUAUUAUGUCGCUUUUUUUCAAAACUAUUAUGAAUCCUUUAAAACAUUUUCUUAUGUCUGAAUACUUAGUACAAAAAAUAGUGUUAUCUGAAUUCAUUGUGAAUUUUUUUGUUUUAACUAAAAAAUAUGAUGACUUGUUGGACUCUGUGAUAUAUCAACUUAAGCUUUUUUUUUCUAAUAUUAUAUUUUUGCGUAUUAUAUUAGAUAUAAACUUUGAAUGUUUUUUAGAGCAAGAGCUUUUAUGGAUAUUACAUAAUAUAUUGUUAUAUGUAGUAGAUUCGGAUAAGAAACGAUUGAUUUUAUCUUCCUUUGAUGAAAUAGAUUUAUAUUCUCGCUGUGUUAGUGAAAUUUUGAUGCAAAUAUUUAAAAAAGUCAGAGUUCCUAUGGAAUCAUAUCAUUAUGAUAAUUCUGAUAAUGAAAGUAUUGAUAAUGUACAGUCGAUAACGAAUUAUAAAAUUGUUUCCGAGAAACUAUUUUUUGAAUUAAAUCUUACUUUUAUUUUUUCGACUGAGCAUAUUGCUGAAAUUAUCGCUUAUGUUUCUCCUUCUACUGUUGUCAGUAUUUCUAAAUUCUUUGUGAUGUUGAUGGAGAUUUGGCCUUCUAAAAAAUCAGAAAUAAUGACGCAGCUUGUUAUUAUUUCUACUGAUACUGAUGAACAUAAAAAUAUAAAUAUUUUAUUUGUAUUAUGGGAGAGAGUUAAAUUAAAUAUAGCGGGACUUCAAAUUAUAGAAAAUAUAGAUGUUUGUAAAAAUAAUAUUUUUUCCACGUGGAAUGAUGAAUGGUAUACUAUGCUUCUUUUAUUUGAGUUAUAUUCUCGAAUUUUAAUGACUAUGAUCGAUGAGGAGUUUAUUGAUCUUAUAAAAAAAAAUCAUGCUUUUUAUGAUAUACGGAUUUUGGUUGAUUUCUUGAAAGAUUUGUCUUAUGCACUUUAUUGUUAUAAUGAAUAUUCUGAAACACAACUUUAUGUUUAUGAUAUAAAUUGGCUUAAUAUUGUUCGCUUACGCAACGUUGUUACAAGAUUGAUACAUCAGUUAUUUAUUCGGGAUUCUCGGAAACAGUUUUUUCCACAUGAUUAUUGGUUAAUGACUAAUCGAUUUGAUAUGUCUAUAUUCAUGCCUUUUGUUAUUUCUGAAAUGAUAAAAAAUCAUGAAAAUUAUAACAAUAAGCAAUUACCGAAUUCUUUUUUUGGAAAUGAAGGUGAUAAUACUCUUUUUUCUAUGAAUAUUUUGAGAGAUUUUCCUUUUUAUCUUCCUUUUUCUGUUAGAAUGCAUAUAUUAAGAAAUUUAAUUGAUUAUGAUAUGGAUAAAUUUGGGCAUUCUGAUUCUUGGAAUAUAAUAAAUAGGUUUUAUGUAACAAUUAGACGUAAUAAUAUAUUUAAUGAUGGAUUCGAAUCAUUGUAUACUAUUGGUAAGGAUAUUAAGAAGCCAAUUAAUAUUGUUUUUAUCGAUCAAUAUGGGCUGCCUGAGGUUGGAAUAGAUGGUGGAGGCAUAACAAAAGAAUUUUUAACAUGUAUCUGUAAACAAGCUCUUGAUGUGAAUUUUGGUUUAUUUCAUGAAACCUCUGAGCACAUGUUGUAUCCUAACCCUCAUUCAUAUGCUUGUGAAUCAUCUCAGCUUCAAUGUUUUGAGUUUUUGGGAAAAUUAAUUGGGAAAUGUAUAUAUGAGUCUGUUCUUCUUGAUGUUACAUUUGCUCCUUUUUUUUUGACAAAGAUUUUGGGGAAAAAAAGUUAUUUGGAUGAUUUAGUAAUAUUGGAUUUCGAAUUAUAUAAAGGACUGAUGUUCUUGAAGCGAUAUACUGGUGAUGUUCAAAAUGAUUUUUCCCUUAAUUUUACUAUUAUUGAGCAAGAGUUUGGGAAGACUACUACUAUAGAAUUAAUACCUGGUGGUUCAGACAUUUCUGUAACAAAUACAAAUCGUUUACAGUAUAUAUAUACAAUGGCUGAUUAUCGGCUUAAUAAGGUUAUUUCGAAGCAAAGUUAUGCUUUUGCUAAAGGGUUGUUUGAUAUUAUUGAUAUUAAAUGGUUAUCAAUGUUUAGUAGUCAAGAAUUACAAAAAAUAAUUGGAGGUUCAUCUUUACCCAUAGAUAUAGAUGAUUUACGUAAUAAUUCUGUUUAUGGGGGGUUUCAUGAUAAUGAUCCUACUAUUGAACUUUUUUGGAGUGUUCUUUAUGAAUUUUCUGUUUUUGAACGUCAAACAUUUUUAAAGUUUGUUACUAGCGUAUCAAGACCGCCUCUUUUAGGUUUUAAAGAUUUAAAACCUUUGUUUUGUAUUCGUGAUGGUGGUGAUGAUACUAAUAGGCUUCCUACAGCAUCUACUUGUAUUAAUCUUUUGAUUCUUCCAAGGUACAAUGAUAAAGCUACUAUGAAAAGGUAA